AUGGCUUUACAAGACGUCAGUGGCUUUCAGGACACCCCUAUGUCUCACAGGUGGAACACUCCUGCCUCACUAUCUGGGCCUAUGGGAGAUACCACUCCUCUCCUGGACAUGGCUGAUGAAAGGAUCCUUGGUUGGGGAAGGUUUAAAUUAUCUGAGAGAGAUGGAGAGGUCCCUCUGCGCUUUUUCAUACCUACUCCUCAGAGCUCUGUUCCUUUCCGCUGUGACAACAGACACACGUCCCUUUCUUCCCUGUCCACCUCCUCAUCACCGCCCACCCGCCGCCCAUUCCCUUUGUCUCAUGGAACCACUACCCUGGCCUUUGUGUUCCAAGGAGGUGUUAUAGCAGCGGCAGACACACGUGCCAGCUGCUCAGGGCAUGUCGCCUGUCCCUCUGCCCAGAAGAUCCUGCCCAUCCACUCCCAUUUACUGGUCACCACUUCAGGCAGUGGUGCAGACUGCAUGCUAUGGGAGAGAAUCCUGGCCAGAGAGAUCCGCCUUUACCAACUACGCCACGGCCGCCGCUUGUCAAUCACUGGCUCUGCCAAGCUCCUCUCUCAUAUGCUGCACCCCUUUAAGGGGACUGAUGUGUGUGUGGCAGCCACUCUUUGUGGCUGGGAUCGUUGUGGCCCAAAGCUGUUCUAUGUGUGCAGUGAUGGCACCCGGCUGCAGGGAGAGCUCUUCUCGGUUGGCUCAGGUUCGCCUUAUGCUUACGGAGUGCUGGAUGGAGAGGUGCGGUGGAGCCUGAAUGAGCAGGAGGCUAUCUCAUUGGCCAGAGAAGCUGUGUACAGGGCCACACACAGGGAUGCAUAUUCAGGGAACUGUGUGGACCUUUUCCACAUCACUGCCCAAGGAUAUUGCCGAAGAGACAGGGAGGAUCUGAGAGAGGAGUACCACAGAGAGAGAGAGAGGGAGAGGGUGCUGAAUAGGGGAAAAGAAAAGAGUGAGGAAGAUAAGAAAUAG